UAUGGCUCCAAUAUGUGACUACUCAGGCCUACGCUUUUCACUUCUCCUUUACAGGAACCCCUCAUAGUUCCCCUCUAUCCACCGCAGCAUAGCGUUCCAACAUCGUCGCCAGUCCUCCUAUUCUCCCUAGCUUUGACUGCGGGUGAGCGCUCUCGCAUUGGACAGGAUUACCAAUCGUCUUGCCAGUCAUGGUGGCUCCAAGGGCGGAUAUAGUCACCAUUUACUCGCGCGUCAUAUCUAUGAAUAUUCACGGCCCGAGUUGUCCAGGGACACAUUCCUGCGAGUUUCCUCAUUGUCUCGGUGGUUAGAUAUCAGGAGUGAUGAGAUAUCGACAUGGGUGAUGAUCAGAUACCUCCAAAAUUUAUUCAAUUGGCAGACAUGUUCCUCGACCAGUUCUUUCUCCCAUGUUUGUGCGGCAUCCGCCGGGAUCUCAUUUCCCAUCCACUCAUACUUUUAUAGUGAAAGCAAGUGGGCAUAUUGCAAUAUUGCGCCACAGCCCUUUCCCGCACAGCUUUGAGCAAUAGAAAGUGUACGUUCACUCACAUGAAAUCACUGGCCCCUCUAAACCAGUUUCAUGCCCUCGAGCUCUUUGCCUGUUCAUGACCGAGAUCGUUGUGUGAUCUCCCAGGUUCUUGACCGGAAAGAAGAAGUAAACAAGUCGGCACGGUUUGCAUGUCCGGGAUAAUUAUGGAAAUCUGCUCAAAGAUGAGGAUAAAUUCCAGUCGCUGGGAGUGGCACACAUACUGCCCCUACUCCCUCGCGCAAAGGAACAAGAAUAUACAGCUGCUAGGUUAUCCGUCUAAAAUAGACUUUCCCAUGGUUAAAUGGCGGACAGGAUGAUCACAGAAGGACUACGAUUGAUAUCCCUAACAUAUUGGAUUGCGACAUGGCUUAUCUCAUCGAGGGUGCUCAUAUCGAUAGCCCACGCAAUGUGAUCAACCUGACUUGGACUUGCCGUGAACUCUUUGGCGAAUUUUGAAGUAUACUUUGACUAUAUUGCCGGUGAGGAACAUAAUUACCGGAUUGAAACAUUUCAAAAACCCAAUCUCGUCAGUACGUCAGGGACUACUCAUUUACUCGCAAAUUCCCUUCUUAGCGAAGCAAUGGUGAUGAGUGCCCCCUCCCCCCGGCUACUUUCUCUACAUCACCGGGCUAUUGCUCAUAUCCUUCACUUGUCAGCGGGAGGUGAAUACAUUGAUGAAGUACUCCAGAAUUUUGACGAGACAGGUGUGCAAGAGGAUGAUGAAUCCACUGACCUGGGCUGUAUUUGUCUUGUGGCAUAUGCGGUUCUGAAGGGGCGUUCGUUUUCUGUCUCUCAGCGCCUCAAAAUAGAGUGCAAUUCGGCUCCUAGAGGAGAGGAGGCCUCCACCCUCACUUCUGUCAACAAACUUUUGGCCCGCCUCUUUCGUGUCCGUUUCGCGGAACCAAAGUUCUAAAAAGAAAGGAUAGCUUCCGCUGACGAAGGAUUUAUGAUAUAUAUAUAUACAUGGAUAUUUCUUGUAGACAUGCCCUUCGGCUAAGAAGCCCCCCUGUGAUCCUUUCUUUGUUUCUUGGAUGUCGGUAGCUCCCCCUUGACAGUCAGCCAAGGCGAGUAAGGGGGUAUUGCCCACGUAGAUCUAUGAUAGAUUAACUUUCUCCAGCCCCGGCAGCGGUCAUCAUGAUUAUUCAGCUGAAUGAAUUCAGUAGUUGGUUAAUGUAUGAGGAAUCAUUAACAACAUUCACACGCGCUCCAGGAAAUAGAUUUUCACUCUGUGGAAAGCGAUCACUUCCCUCUCUCCUCCCCCUAACCGAUAUGGGGUCCCGGGUCGGAAAAAAAAUAGAAAUGAAAAUGAUAAUAAGAAAUAAAAAUCACCUCGGACGAGGAUAAAGCACAUACAAAGAAUCUGUGCAACAAUUGUUGCUCCAACUCCUAUCAAUGUAUGUAUUAGUUAUUCAAAGUCUCAAAUUUUAUAAUUAUUGUUUAGAUGAGAUAUACGUUAAAGAAAGAACAAAUUAAAAAAAAUAAAUAAAUAAAUAAAUAAAUAAA